AUAUCAGCAUUUUCUCUGAACCAAGAGGAGGAGAAGAAGGAAGUCCUUCUGUCAUGGAUCAACGCCAUCGACUCUACAACACCCAUGUAAAACUCCUGGCCUUCGACAUCCUCUCUCUCACCCAAACCCCUUCUCAUUCUUCCUCAGAACCCAUCUCCUUUUCUCGCAAAGGCACCCUUCUUUCCCGCGCAGAAACCGUCGGCACCAUCACCUCCCGCGAGCUCAAACCCGGAAAGUUCCUCAAAUUCGCCAUCGACGACGGCACCGGAUGUGUCAGCUGCGUCCUCUGGCUCAACCACUUCUCGUCCCCCUACUUCGCUCGGCGUAGCCCGCCAGAUGUUCGACUUAUUGCCGAAGCGGCGAAUCGCUUCGCGGCGGAGAUUAGGCUCGGGGCGGCGGCCCGAGUGCGCGGGAGGAUCACCAGUUACCGGGGGGCGGUGCAGAUCACGGUGUCGGAUGUGGUGGUCGAGAGAGACCCAAAUGCGGAGACCUUACAUUGGUUGCACUGUAUUAGUUUGGCUCGCAAGUGUUACGAUGUUGGGACUCCAAACAAGUAGUAGUAGUCGCUGUGUUGGUUGAAAGAAUUCAAUCAAUGUGUUCUUGAAUUUGGUGAAAUGGGUUUUGGUUUUGAAUUCGAUUCCUGCAAUUGUGCGAAUGAAUUCUUAAAGAAUUUUGAAUUGGGAUCGAUUUUGAGCUUUGAAUGCUCGAGCCAAUUCAUGAUUAUUCUAAGCACAAAAAGGCUGAAAUAUAAUGGAAGGAAAUCGUAAAAAUUGGAGAAGUUAAA